AUGGCCUCUCAAAAGAAAUAUUGUUUGCUCUUAGCAUCUGUUUUAGCAAUUAGCAUCUUCUUCAACAAUGGAACCGCCAUUGAAGAAGAAACAGACGCCACAGGAAGCAACCCAUGGCUAACCGUUUCUCUCUCUUCUCUCUUGCCAUCACAUACUUGCACACCAUUCACAGGUUUGAAGAAGAAUUCAAGCUUGGAAGUAAUACAAAGACACGGGCCAUGUAGUGAACUAAAGCAUGGGAAAGCAAAUCCUAAAACUAUUCCAACACACUUUGAUAUCCUAACUGAAGAUCAAGCAAGGGUGGCUUCAAUCCACUCUAUGCUCUCUAUCAGAAGGUUCAACCGUGGAAACAUGAAGCAAUUGGAUUCUACAAAUAUACCAGUAAAGUCUGGCCUACCCAUUAACACAGGUGGCUACAUUGUCACUGUUGGCUUGGGUAGCCCUAAAACGAACUUAUCGCUCAUUGUUGAUACGGGAAGUGAUCUCACCUGGACUCAGUGCAAGCCUUGUAUGGUGAAGUGUUACAACCAACAAGAACCAAUCUUUGAUCCAUCUAAGUCCACAACUUAUUCACAGAUCAAGUGUAGUAGUUCUUCUAUGUGUAAUCAGAUUUUGUCUACUGCAAGUGAUCAAGAAUGUGCUGAAUCUAAUUCUGCGGGAACGUGCAUAUAUGAGACUAGGUACAUGGACAAGUCUUUCUCCGUCGGCUUUCUUAGCAAAGAGAGGCUCACCAUUGCCGCCGAUAACACCUUUGACAACUUCUUGUUUGGUUGUGGCCAAAAUAACUUAGGGAUUCUCUUUGGUGGCGCCGCCGGCUUACUUGGCCUCGGCCGUCAGCCGAUUUCCGUCGUCCAACAAACAGCCAAGGCCUAUAACAAAGUCUUCUCCUAUUGUCUACCCUCCACCCCUAGCGACAUCGGCCACCUCACCUUCGGCAGCGACGGAGUUUCCAAUAAUGUCCAAUACACUCCGAUCACCACCAUCCCCAACUUAACCUCGUUCUAUAGCAUCAACAUCACCGGAAUCGUCGUUGAUGGAACAAACCUAUCUUCCAUAACUUCUACACUAUCGUCGGCCAAAGCAAUCAUCGACAUCGGGACAUUCAUCACAAGGCUUCCGCCGUCAGUUUACACUGCCUUGAGAUCGGAGAUCCAGCGAAGGAUGGCGAUGUAUCCGAUGGUGAGCAAACUUGAGAUACUGGACACGUGUUAUGAUUUGAGUGGGUACAAGACUGUGACAAUUCCAAAGAUGAGCUUGGUGUUUGGCGGCGAGGUUAAGCUAGACUUGGACGCGAGUGGGAUCUUUUUUGCUGUGAGUCCCAAACAGGUGUGUUUGGCUUUUGCUGCGAAUGAGAUAGUGGAGGAUCUUAUUAUACUUGGAAGUGUUCAGCAAAAGACAAUAGAGGUGGUGACCGAUCUUAAUGCUGAAAGGCUUGGAUUUUCUCCUGCUGGCUGCAAGUAA